UUAACACAGGACUCGGGGGGAGCCGUUGCGAUGGUGAAUCCCCCGGGCCAUUUGCCAACCCUGCCACCACGUUCACUCCUCACAUGUGAGACGUGCAGUGCAAUGUCUGCAUCAGCUGGGGCGGCCAAGGGUCUGGUUUGUGGUUUAUGCAGAAGCUUCACAUAUUGUGUAUGCAGUAAGCAAGCCUGUCUUCAGCUUCAGUUUCAGCUAAUGUAUAUGCUGCGUUCCAAAGACUUCUAACAAAAGGAUGGAAGACCUUAUGAUCGAGAGAGGAAAUAUACCAAAACUCCUAAAUCUUUACAAGAAACAGGACUGUGAAGAAAAUGUAGAAAUUGAUCUAGAAACCAGUGGAACAAGAGAAUCUUUGGUGAAUACAAACACUGAAAAUGAAAAUGUGGACAUAAUCUCUUUUAGUGAUGAUGAGAAAUUGGACAGUGAGAGUAACAUAUCUGCAGAGACUGUUGGUUGUCAGAGCUUAAGAAGUACCUCCUCAAGCAGUAGUUUAGUAGUUCAUGUUUGUACAUAUGAAGGCUGUGAUAAGUUUUUCAGCAGGCCAUUCCGUCUUGCCCAGCAUAUUCGUACCCAUACUGGUGAACGGCCUUACGUGUGUCCUGAUGAGAGCUGCUCAAGGUCAUAUGCUCGUCAGCAGCACCUCAAAAGGCACUUGGAAACUGUACAUCAAGACAAAGAAACAGAAGAAAAGCUCAAGUGUGCAAUCUGUGACAAGUCAUUCAGUAAUGUUUACUGUCUGAGAAAACAUGUGCACAGAUUCCAUGAAAAGAAAAGAUAUGAUUGUGAGGAAUGUGGACAGUCAUUUGUAAAACAGCAGCAGCUAUUCAAGCACACUGCCAUCCACUCUGGAAUCAAGCCAUUUCCAUGUGAUCACCCAGGAUGUGAAAUGAGGUUCAUGAGUUUGAGUGCAAUGAAAUGUCACAAGCUGACACACGAGAAAAAUCGAUACACGUGUCCUGAGGAAUCCUGUCAACAGAAAUUUGAUACAUAUAAAGAGCUGCAGCAACACAUCCCAGCCGUCCAUCCCAAAGUUUGUGACAUCUGUGGGAAAACAUUCAGACAGCUGCGCUCCUUAAAAAGACAUCGACUCACUCAUGAACCCCAAGCAGAAGCUUAUUUCUGCAUGUAUCCAGCUUGUAACAGGCAUUAUUUCCACCUGAGUAACCUCACAAGUCACAUCAAGAACAAGCACCAACAGCUGAACAUCUACAGUUGUAAUGCUUGUGAUAAACGACUUUCUACAAAGCAAAAAUUGAUCCAGCACAUGGCUACCCAUGAUCCAGCUUAUAGGAGGAACUAUACGUCUAAGAAACCCCGCAAGCCUCGAAAGGACAAAGGUUCCAUAAAAAGAAAUCUUGCUAAUCUUCUGUCUGGCUAUACUGAUGACAUGGAGGAAGAUGACAUGGCUCAGAGUGUGCAGCCAGAGACAACUCCGGGUCAAACUGAUGAUGCAAGUACAAGUGUUAAUGAUGGCCAGAAUACACAAAGUGAAGGAAGCAGCAGAGAUGAAUUAGAAUCAGAUGAGAUCUCAUGACUUGCUUAGCAGUUACAGACUAGACUGAAAUUCUUCACAAAGGACACUAUCCAUGGUGAUGGAGCACGAGAGGACACGACACCCACAGUAACCCGGGGAGGCUGCAGUCCACAUCCAUCUUCUGCCUCUCGAGAUUCCUUUUGCUUACCACCUCGAGUGGAUGACACCAUCACAGGGCCAGGAGACACACUUUCCUUGCCACCAGACUGUUGUGAAGAUAAAUUAAUGUGCAUUUCUUAUGUAGAAUAUUUUCUCAGGUCAUUUGAGAGACAUCAAUACUCCAAAGCAGCGUUUCUCAACCUUUUUACCCUUGCGUAGCCCUUAGAAUUAAUCACAUGUCUCAAGGGUUACAGGGAACCCUGGUUGAGAAACCCUGCUCGAAAGCAUACAAUAUAUUUAUGAUUUUUUUUUUAGGGUAUCACUCAUGGAAGGGAAGGGAUGAGGGCUUCAAGCUCUUUGCUCCAUCUUUUUUUAACCAGCUCUCACAACAUGUAGGGAAUGCAAUAGCACCAUUCUUUGCUCUUGCCACACAGCAUUUAAUGAAUUAUGUGUUCAGUGCUUUGUUCAGACCAAGGGGUGGGGAGCCUCUGGCCUUCAGGCAGUAUAAGGCUUGCUGGGUCAUUUGAUCAGGUCCACAACACUGUUCAAAAAUGCUAUUUCAUUAUAUUAUGAGUCAUGAAUUAUUUUUUUAUUUAUUUGUUUUUUUACUUAUUUAUUUAUUUUUUGGCUCACAUUCUGUCUGCAUUAGAAAUAUUUAAGUGGACCUUAACAGGAUGAAGGUUCCUCAUCCAUGGUUUAGGCCAUUUCAUGUGGGAUUGCUAGCCUGGCAUAAAGGUAUAAAUUUGUAGCAAAUUUAACUUAGAUUUUAUGCUAUUGCCUAAACUUUGAUUUCCGUAAGGCUGGGCCAUAUGUGUUAUUACAAAACUGGAAUAAAACUUAGAUUACAGGACAGAUUCAUGAGGAACACUGCUGUCAAUAUAUUUAGGAAAAGAACAGUGGCCAUCUACCACUUCAGCAAAUGAACAGACAGAAAGGAAACUUGAGAUGCAACAAGUGUGUUUUCUGCAUUUCAUAAAGGUAUUUGAAAGAAAUGGAGCAAGGAGACUGGCAGGCUUGCCACUUUGAGAAAAGGCAAUGUCAUAUCUAAGUUGUAUUUCCCCAGCAAACAGUAAUGAGGAUUUCAAUUUUGUAUAUUGAUAAACAGAAAUAUAAUAAACAUCUUUUCUUCUGCUUUUUAUGAAGGGACUGGAAGCUAAAAUUAGAUUUGUAUGCUUCUUUCCUCCAAAACGUAUACUACUGAUCUUUCAUAUACACUAGAUAGGGUGACAAAAAAAAAAAAAAGAAAAAAAAACAAUGCUCAAGUCUUUUUAAAUAAUUUUACAAAAAUGAAAAAUUAUACUAGAUUUUUAUGUAACCUGUAACUUGAAUUUUUCUGUAAUUAAAAAUUAUAUGAUAAAUCCUG